GGGCAGCGUUACGAAUGAAAUAUGAUUUUCGUAACGGCGGCGGAAGUGUGGCUAGACCAGUUGAUUAGCGAAGGAUUGUGUCUUGAUAGAAUGCUCGGAAGCUGGUUGAAUCUAGCUUCCUGAGGCGACGAUGAAAGCAAGUUUUUAAAUUGUGACGAAAAAGCAGGAAUGCGAUCUUAUACAUUCCUGUUGAAGAUAUGUAAAGCCUUCGAGGGAUUUUCUUCAACUUAAAAAAAAAAACAAACCAAACACUCGUGGAAGUGAAAUUAUUUUUCCCAGGCUCAGGUUAUUCUUCCUGCUUGCUUUUGUGAUCACCUUCGCCAGUCUUUUGCAUUUUCUGCUGACCGAGUCGAUGACGCCAGUGAUGAUGUGUGAUAGUGGAAUUUGAUUCAGUGUAUAGGCAAUGUGUGAAGUUCUGCCGAAGUGAGAAAGUGUUGUUGGUUGAAAGAAUACUUUUCGUUGUCGGAUGCGGUGAGAUGGGAUAAUUUAACCUCGUACCUACUUUACCUUCAAUACUUCCACGCCGUUUGUAACCUUCAUGAAUUCAAUACUUUCGGAUGUCCUCAGAUCUAAAUGCAAACGAAAAUGAGAGCGCUAUUAUUUGCGCUGGGGAGUUUCCUCCUCACGUCAGCUGUGGUUGGUCAUGCAUAUUAUCAACGGAAGCAGUUUUAUCCUUCGGUUGUUUUCAUCACAAAGUCAAAUCCCAGCAUGGCGGUAAUGUAUACACAAGGAUUUGUCCUCGUUCUACUGGUGGGGAAAUUAAUGCGCAAGCUUUUCUUCGGUCAACUUCAUGCGGCUGAAUUUGAACACCUGAUAGAAAGAUCGUGGUAUGCUGUUACGGAAACCUGUCUAGCUUUCACAGUUUUCCGGGAUGACUUCAGCCCGAAAUUUGUGGCAUUGUUCACGCUUCUUCUUUUCUUGAAAUCAUUCCAUUGGCUCGCCGAGGAUCGUGUGGAUUUCAUGGAAAGAAGUCCUGUCAUCACUUGGGUCUUCCACCUUCGCAUUUUAUGUAAGAUUCUGGUUCAGAAAUUUCUUCGAAAAAUCCAUCUGAUCCCUCGUGUCAUCCUUUCAGCUUUGCUCACACUCCUGGGGGCGCUCGAUUACCUCUUCGUGAAUAGUGCUUAUCACAGCACCCUCUCAAAAGGGCCUUCUGUGCAGCUGGUCUUCGGAUUCGAGUACGCGAUUCUGCUGACUAUCACGACCAACAUCUCCAUCAAAUAUAUUCUUCACACGAUUGACAUUGAAAGCGAAAAUCCCUGGGAAGCAAAGGCUGUGUAUCUCUUACACACAGAACUCAUCGUCGGGUUCUUGAAAGUAGUUUUGUAUGGCCUUUUCAUGCUCAUAAUGGCCAGGAUACACACGUUCCCGCUUUUUGCCAUUCGACCUAUGUAUCUGACGACAAGAGCAUUCAAGAGAGCUCUUCAAGACGUGAUUAUGUCGCGAAGGGCGAUAAGGAAUAUGAAUCAUUUGUACCCGGAUGUGACCCCAGAAGAACUGGCCAACUCGGACAGUACCUGCAUAAUUUGUCGCGAAGAAAUGACGUCUGGGGCGAAGCGACUGCCGUGCAACCACAUUUUCCACACGUUGUGUCUCCGUUCGUGGUUCCAACGACAACAAACAUGCCCCACAUGUCGACUGGAUGUGUUGCAAACUGCUCAGCCCCAAGCGCCGCCUCGACCACCGCCGCCAGCUGCGAAUAAUGCUCAGGCCGACGCCAGACCUGCGCCUCCUCCGGCCCAACCGAUGGGCCAUCGUCCUUUUCACAUGCCGCACGUGUGGAUGCCUGCAGCUCCGAGACAAGGAAAUGCUGGAGAUGCAUCUUCAGAUUCCACGGCCGGAGCUUCGGCGAGCAGUUCGAGUACGCAAGCCGGCCCGAUUCCCAUGAUGCCGCCUCCGUUUGCGUUUUCGUUCCCGGCCCACGGAUUUCCGUUCCCGCCGCCGCCUCCGUUUUUCCCGCCCCCGCCGAUUUCCGUACCCUUGCCGCCGGCGAAUUUCGAAGGAAUGACUCGCGAGGAGUUGGAGGCUCUAGUGGGAGUGGAGGAAGAAAACAUUCGGAACCGAAUCCGGUGCCUGAGAAACAUUCAGUGCUUUCUCGACGCCGCCGUUUUGCAGAUGCAUCAGUACUCCACUGCGACUGGACGACACAUAUUCACGAGUAAUGACGAGCCGACUUUGCCAAACUUCGAGGGGCUGCUCAAGAAUCUCCAGGAAGAAGCUCGAAAAGUUGACAAAGAGCCUGAGGGAGCUGCGGGGUUCAGUCCGCCUCAAGCCCCGGAAGAAAUUCCUGAAGAAGACAAAGAGGCUGCCGAAUUACGGAAAUUGCGCCUGCAGCGUUUCAGUCCAAACGAUGAUUCUGCCAAGUGAAGGACGGGGAAUAACCCAAGGAAAAAAGAAAAACGCCGGGAUCCAUUUACCCGAAUUUGUCUGUGUUUCUCCUGACUUUAUAUCAAGAAAGUGUGAAAAAAGCGGAAAGAAACGGAGACACGCAAGGCACGAAAAUUGUUGCGGUUUUUUUGUUUUUUUGUUGCGCCUUUUUCGAUUGUGAUCGUUACCAGCGUUUGAAUGGAUGCGUGUGGACUUGUGGUUAUUCGUGUCUCGUCCGGAAUUUUUUUCCUGUCUCGGUCGAUUUGUUUGCUUUGGUCAAGGAGCUCCAAGCCAGGGCAUUGCUCUCUCCCGGUUCCGUUUCGCUGUAACGAUUUAUUUCUCCUUUGCAAAAAAAAAAAAAAAGGAAGAAAACUUUAAGGUUCUAGGCUUGACGUGAUGAAUGUAAUGCAGAUGUAGUGAUGCUGCA